GUUCUAAUCAUUCAGCUGUUCUAUAGUUUAUAGCGAAGAAACACAAUGUUUCGACCCGAAUUGCAUGGGCUUUCGCCCGACUUUCAGUUAACGAAAUUUACCAAUCACACUGGGUGAAGUUGCAAAAUCCCCCAAAAAGUACUUGAGAAGUACCUAAGGGGAACAGAAAUAGCAAGUAAGAACAACGAUGGAUACCUUAUCGGCUCUGGAAUGGACUGCGCAGUUAUACCUCUAAAGCGGCACAAAGAAUACUUACUUGUUCAAACCGUUGACUUCUUUUAUCCUAUGGUGAAUGAUCCGGAACUAUUGGGACGUAUUGCACUUGCUAAUGUCUUAAGUGAUGUGUAUGCGGUUGGGGUGACGGCUUUUGAUACCGUAGAAAUGAUCGUCAGUACAUCGACAAGCUUUACUGACAAGGAACGAGACACUGUCAUUUCAUUAAUCAUAAAGGGGUUCCAGAACUCUUUAAAAGCAAAUGGCUAUCAUAACACCCCCCUUGUAAUUAGACAGCUAAAGAUCAAUCCUUGGUGCAUUAUUGGUGGCAUAGCAACAUCUAUCUACAGAAGAGGGGAAAUAAUUCUACCAUCUAAUGCUCAGCCCGGCGACGUUUUGGUCCUUACAAAACCCUUGGGAGGACAGAUGGCGAUGGAUGCUCACCUGUGGCAACUUAACCAGACUGAAAAGUAUAAAACACUGCUGUCUGAAUUCAGCGACGAUGAUAUAAGGGAAACUUUUGAAAUAGCAGUUAAAUCUAUGACUUAUUUGAACAAAAAUGCCGCCCUUUUAAUGCACAAGUAUCAGGCGCAUUGCGCCACGGAUAUUACAGGAUUUGGUUUAUUGGGUCACGCCAACAAUCUCGCCCAAUUCCAAAAGGAAAACGUUUCAUUCCAAAUUAAUAAGUUGCCAAUUAUUAAAAAUGUACUUAAGUUUAGCGCUUUAAUUGGCCAAAGCACAAAGUUUCGUUCUGGCAGGUCAGUGGAAACCUCUGGAGGGCUCUUAAUUUGCCUUACCCCCGAUGCCGCCGAUCAAUUCUGCCGGGAGUUUGAAGAAGUUACUAACGGAGAGCAAAAAUCAUUUAAAAUAGGAUACGUAAAAGCCGCCCAGGAGUCAGAUGCAGUUCUGUGUGAUGAAGUAGAGCUCGUUGAAGUCAGUCUAUAAUUAAAUGGUAAAAAUUAAUUAUUCAACACAUGACGAUUAUUUCAUAAAGGCUUUUCGGCUUGGAAAUGAUCUAAACUUUAUUGUACAUGCAAGGUGUAUAAUAAAUUUGAUGAUUAAUUAACCAA